UGCAGCUUUCAUGUGUCAAUAUGAUACGAGGCCUCCUCAUCCACCUGACUCUAAUCCCACUCUGGGUUAAAGGACAAAGUUAUGACGUUCAACAGAGUCCUCCUGAGAUUUUAAAACCCCAAGGAAGCAAUGUGUCAUUUAACUGCCAACAUCAAAUUACAGACUACAACACGAUUUUGUGGUACAAGCAAACUGCUAAAGUUGUUGGUCUUGAUCUCAUUGGAUAUGUGUACUUCUCUCAGACUCCAAAUAUGGAAAAUUCAUAUGAAAAACACCUCCAGCUGUCUGGGGAUGGGACUAAAAACAGCUAUCUUUAUUUCCUGAAACCAAUCCAACUUGAAGACAGCGCUGUGUAUUUCUGCGCUGCAAGCAAAGCACAUCAGCAGCCUGCAUACUUUGGACAGGGAACCAAACUCACUGUUCUAGAGGAAGGCCUGAAAGUCACUGCCCCCACUGUGAAAUUGCUUCCUCCAUCCAAAAGUGAACCCUGUGACAAGGUUCAGAAGAAAAGGGAGGAAAAGUCAGUGACUCUGGUGUGUCUGGCCACAAACUUUUACCCUGACCAUGUCACUGUGUCCUGGAAGGUCAGUGGAGUAAUUCGAACCAAAGGAGUGGGCACAGACAACAAUGCCUUACGCAGUGAAGAUAAAAUGUACAGCAUCACCAGCAGGUUGAGAAUCGGAAUCAAGGAAUGGGCGAAUCCCAACACCUGGGUCACCUGUGUGGUCAGCUUUUUCAACGGGACACACAAUGUAGAUUCUGAAGACUCUGUAAAAGGACAACUUGUGCCUGGCAUGGUUGACCCAGAUUCUUAUGUGAAUUCGGCUCAAACUGCCAAGUUUGCCUACAGCAUUUUUAUUGCUAAGAGUUGCCUGUUUGGACUGUUCAUCUUCUUUUUUGUCAGGAAGAUUUCUCGAGGCUCAAAAGACAAGUGGGAUGCCCCCCACUGGAUACUGCUAAUAGACAUCAAUAGGUGUCUGGGCCUCAGGUUUAUGCUAUGUCUUAAACCAUCGUGUGCAAGCUUCAGGAAUGUGAUGUUUGGAUCAGGGACAAAGCUCACGGUUCUAGAUCCCAACAUUAAUGUCACAAAGCCAGAUGUAAAGAUUCUGCCGCCUUCUCCCAAAGAGAUCUGUGCCUCUGAAAAUGACCAGGGCAACGUGACCCUGGUGUGUGUAGCCACAAACUUCUACCCUGACCACGUCGCUGUGUCCUGGACGCUCAAUGAUGAGAAUGCUACCCUUCGAGUGGGAACUGACAACAAUGCCCACCGUAUCAAUGAAUCAGCGAAGUAUAGCAUCUCCAGCCGCCUGCGAGUCCUGAAGUCAGUUUGGAAAAACACCACAAAUAUGUUCACUUGCUCUGUCCAGUUCUUUGAUGGCGAGGACUACAUUACUGUGACAGACACCAUUUAUGGCCAGAAUAAGUUGUCAGCGGAUCGAGUGCGACGGAACAUGAACACGGCGCGCUAUGCCUACCUCCUGUUUCUGGUCAAGAGCAUGCUGUACGCUGUUGUGGUGGGCGGCCUGGUGUGGAAGAUCGGGAGGGGCAACAAGAAGGCUGUAAGUGAAUGAUGAGCUAACCUGGAAGAAUGGCACAUUUAAAAGUGUUACUUUGUAUAACUAUUCUAGAGUGUGAUUU